UCAGAGCAGGCGGGCCGGGGACAGGCUGGGAACACAGAGCGUCGCCAUGCACCACCCGCGUAUCUACAGCUAGCUUGCAGAAUGCCCCAUGAAGACCUCGACACAGGCCGUUUUGCUCGCUCCGGGCCACACUUUGUCGCGUUAUUUCUCAGACUCAACAUGUGGAGAGGUAGCGGGUGUUAUGGAAGGGACGGCUUUUAAGUUCGACUCCAGGGUUUCGCUCGGUGUAGCGUGGCAAGAAGCGGUGGACCACUUCCAAAGUUGUCGGUUAGCAGGGCGCGUGUGAAGGAUUGGAAUUAAAGGCGCCGCGCACCCGUUGUUAGCGGCAAACAUGGAGAAGCAGCAAAACGAUUUGGAGCGAGAGCGCCAGUACUGUGAACUUUGUGGGAAAAUGGAGAACCUUUUGAAGUGCGGUAGGUGUCGGAGCUCCUUCUACUGCAGCAAGGAGCACCAAAAGCAACACUGGAAAGAACACAAACUCAUUUGUAAGGAAGUGGACAAGACGCAGCCACCUAAACAGAAGCCCGAGCUCGAGCAACCGCCCGGGGAUGAGAAGGCGCCGGAUAAAUGCCCGAAGAAGAACAGCCACGAGCAGGCGGACACCGGUGCGCCUUCGUCACAAACCACAAACACGGAGCAGCAGGGCAUUGGAGAGCAAUUGGCUGAGGAUGGCCCCAACUAUCCCGCCACACCUAAUGGACAAACGACAUCUCCACAGAAACUGGCCACGGAGUAUGUCAUCCCGUGUAUGAACAAGCACGGCAUCUGCGUGGUGGACGACUUUAUGGGCGAGGAGACAGGGCUGAGCAUCCUGGAGGACGUCAAGGCCCUGCACAAAACCGGCCGGUUCACGGACGGUCAAGUGGUCAGCCAGAAAAGUGACUCCACUAAAGACAUCCGUGGGGACAAAAUCACGUGGGUGGACGGGAAAGAGGCCGGCUGUGAGAAGAUCCGCUUCCUCACCAGUCGCAUGGACGACUUGGUCAGACAUUGUAACGGCAAACUGGGCAACUACGCCAUCAACGGAAGGACAAAAGCAAUGGUAGCGUGUUACCCUGGAAACGGGACCCGUUACGUGCGCCAUGUGGAUAACCCCAACGGCGAUGGACGUUGUGUCACAUGCAUAUAUUACCUUAAUAAAGAUUGGAAUGCCCAGGAACACGGCGGCCUUCUUCGAAUCUUCCCAGAAGGAAGUGACCAAGUUGCCGAGAUAGACCCCAAAUUUGACCGUCUACUUUUUUUCUGGUCAGACAGACGAAACCCCCAUGAGGUUCAGCCUGCUUAUGCUACCAGCGGGGAAUCAGUGCUCCCAUUAUGUCUCUGCAGGUAUGCCAUCACCGUGUGGUAUUUUGAUGCAGAUGAGCGAGCCAGAGCUAAAGAAAAGUACUUAACAGGUGCAGGAGAAAAAGGAGUAAAGGUUGAACUCGGCAAGCCAUCCGAUCCCAGCUAAUGCAAAGACCGCGCCAGCUCCAGGCAGCCAAUAAGUGCUCUGUCCCCUGAAAGUGGCCCUUAGACAGCAUGUGUGUGUUUUACAUGAAGUGGCGGGAAUCUGAUUGUGGAUGGUUUUGGAAGAAAAAACGAGCAUACGCAGUCAAGUGCGUUCAUAUUAAGUCAACCUUGACUGCCCAACGGACUUUGAAUGUCAUGCCAUUGGACCGAAAGGGAUGGUGUGUCUUUUUUUUUUUUUUUUUUUUUUUUUACUUCCCUCUCCUGGCCAGCCCGUCGUCUUUUUACAAAGGUGAACAUUUGCACCACAACCGACACUUUCACACAACUGGCAGGAAUCGAGCUCAUCUCUCAGUGGAUUCCUUCAAGGUACAGCAUUCUGCAUUAACGCCAUGCAUUAUGCUUUUCACAUGGAAUCAUCGUUUAUAUGCUGCUGUCUGGAAAAUGUGCUUGAGUUUGCAACAAUUAGGAAACAGAUGGAUUAAAACCACAUUUAUCCUGACAGAACCACAA